AUCGUAGCCACAAGAAGAAUGAAAGGGGUUCCUAAUUGCCUUGUAGCUUUGGCACUCAUGGCUUUGGCUUGCUCGGUUGCCUCUGCCUUUGACCCUUCUCCCCUGCAAGACUUUUGUGUUGCACUUAACACUUCCACUGAUGCUGUGUUUGUGAGUGGAAAGUUCUGUAAGGAUCCAAAGCUUGCCAAUGCUAAUGAUUUCUCCUUUCAGGGGCUAAACAUUCCUAGAAAUACUGAAAAUGCACUCGGGUCGAAUGUCACUCUUUUGAAUGCAGACCAAAUACCUGCCCUCAACACUCUUGGCACAUCCUUAGCUCACAUCGACUAUGCACCAUACGGCCUAAAUCCACCUCACACUCACCCUCGUUCCACAGAGAUUCUACUAGUUGCAGAGGGGACCCUGUACGUUGGCUUCGUCACAUCCAACCCAAAUAACCGCCUCUUUACCAAAAUUCUGAAGGCGGGAGACGUCUUUGUAUUCCCAAUUGGUCUCAUUCACUUCCAGUUUAAUGUAGGAAAGACCAAUGCUGUUGCUUUUUCAGGUUUUGGUAGCCAGAAUCCUGGGCUCAUCGUCAUAGCAAAUGCAGUCUUUGGAUCCGAUCCCCCCAUCAAUCCGGACGUUCUCGCCAAGGCAUUCCAAGUGGACAAGAAAGUGAUAGACGAUCUUGAGAAACAGUUCAAUUAAAGAACUACCUAAU